AACACGCUACCACUUACCAUUUUUACGGACAUCCUGAAGCUGGCCUCUUUGUGCUCUUAAAUCUAGUACAAACUCUUCGAUCUGUGGCCUCUUGUUUACUGAGUUUGCCAGUGCGCAAAUUGUACCUGGCGCACUGUCUACGCCUAACCUUGCUUGCACCUCACGUUCACCUCCGAUAUCCCUGACUGACAAGGGCUAUCUAUACCGCUUACUCUGAUACCUUCUUCGACUGUUAUGUCAAACUCCAGUUCCAGCGACCCACCAUGUCAAGCCGAAGCCUGCUCCCUCCAAACCUGCCUCUCCCGCAACACCUACAACCCCUCCAAAUGCGACUCCCACGUGCGUAAACUAUACGAAUGCUGUCAAAUGAUGUAUGACUCUACGGACGGGAAGGGAGAGUCGACGGCUUGUCCGAUUCCGAGUGCGGUGACGAGGUGGUUUAGGAACCAUCCGGAGAGUUAGGAUUGGGAUGAAUAGUAGAAAAGGAAGAGGGUAAGAAGGGAAAAGGAGGCGGGCGCGGUGGUGGAGGGGUUGGAGCUUGGAUGGGGAUCCGGAUGAGCAGUCGUUUGGCAGUCGUAAGACCGUCUUGGCAGGUUGAGCGGUGGGAGCCGAAAAAAGACACAAGGCUCGAUACGUCAGUAUGUUCCCGCGCGUCAAUAUAUGCCUACGUAUCUUAUACUCUCAACGUAGAUUAGAUAUGCUUUGCAUAAGUACAGGCUCACAUCUAGUCCCCUCUCGAUAAAAAUCCUAACCUAC